AUUAAUUCAUGUUCAGACAAAUUAUGUAAGAAAAUCUAUAAAAAUGUGUUGGUGGUUGCCUAUUUGCUAUAGAGCCCGCUUAAGCUCAAAUAUAAGUCCAUAUAGAUGAAUUUUUGAAUCUACAGCUACUGUUUUAUAUAACGUAUAUUUGCAUCUCAUAAUUUCUUAAAAUUUGCUAAUCCUAAACCUGCUAGAAUUUUUUUAAUCAAAGAAUUACUCGUAUAAGAAACAGCAUAAAUAAUUAUUGCAAAUUUACAAAAUUAAGCGUUUCUUUAUAUUCAGAAACAAAUUGAAUAAGAAAAUAAUUAAAAUAAAUACCAAGAAAAGUUAUUGCUAGUUGAUACUCAGUAGCAAUGACAUUUAAGACAUGACAUAUACUUUGUAGGUUAUAUCCCACGAGCGACCUAAAUCGGUAGGUACAAAGUAUAUUUUUUGCCAGUAGGCACCGAGGAACUGACAUUUAAAAUGACAUACUUUGUAGGUUAUAUCUCACAUAGCGACCUACAUCGGUAGGUACAAAGUAAUAUUUUGUGUCAGUAGGCACUGAGGAACUGACAUUUAAAACAUGACAUAUACUUUAUAGGUUAUAUUCCACCCAGCGACCUACACCAGUAGGUACAAAAUAAUGCGAUGUGCCAGUAGGUGCUGCGUAGCAGUGACAUUUAAAAUGACAUAUACUUUAUAGGUUAUAUUUCACAGAGAGACCUACAUCAGUAGGCACAAGUAUUCCUACGGGAAUAUUCUGAGAGGUGUGUUAAAAAUACAUUUUGCUAAGAAAUUCUCACCUAAAUAAAAUCGUAGUAGGUUUAAAAUUUGCAAUUUUGAAGAAAUUAUGGUUUCCAAAUUUGCGUAUCCUUUGGGUCUACUUAAUAUAAAAUAUUUUUACAUUAAUUUAUUUUUUAAAUUUGUUAACGGCCCGUACGUAUAAAUCGGUACACUCUGGGUAUGGAUCCUCAAUUGGUGGUGGACGUCUGGUUACGGUUUGUCUCUCACAUACAAGAGAGACUGCAUACUGUUUUUUUUUAUUCAAAUUCAAUGGGAAUCUCAUAAAUCGUAAGAGGUUGAUCGGUAGCGAAUUUAACUUAAAUAUUUGGACCUAAUUCAUUUAUUUCCUGGUUGUGGCGAGAGUUGUAAGUUAUUUGUGAGAAUCCCAUCUGCUAAUAUUAAAUUUCGCACCCUGUACAGUGUAAAACCGUAAAUUUGAAGUUUAUCGAAAAUAAGUAACGAUUUGAAAUGGAAAAAAUUAAAAUUUUAUUCAAUCGCGGCAAAAUUAAAAGAAAACGUAACAGUUACGUUGAUUAUCAAUUGAGGUUGAUCGCAACUGGUCGAGAAGUUUUAAAAUUGCUCGGAAAGACGUUUCCUUCAUUUACAGACAAAUACAAAAAAAAAUUUGUACAGCAGCUAAACUUUAAUACUUAUUUUUUAACUUUUAUAGCCUUAUUUUUCCAUGUCAAAUCCGUUCGUGUAAAUAAUUGUCCAGGAUUUGUCAAUUUGACCCCCGUCGGAUGCUUGUUUGGUAAAAUUGAAAGUAUUAAAAUUUAUCACAAAAAUAAACCAUUAUUAAAGGGACAAAGUACUAGAUCUGUUGCCUACCAACAUCGCUGGUGUUUGAUCAAUACCAAACCGUAAAAAAUUGCCAUAGAGACGAACUUCACCGUUUAAUCAAUGUGACAGAAAAUUUAUAAACAUGUCAAAACCGACGACAAUAAAGGAUGCGAUAAAAAGGUGGGAGGAGAAAAACCCAGACAAGGCCAUCGCCGACGCCACCGACAUAGGCUUCCAGUUCCAGUGGCCCCCGAUCGAAAAAAUGGACAACUCCCUGUCGGCGUUGACCAAGGUCACCAAGCUGAGCCUGUCGACGAACAUGAUAGAAAAAAUCGCGGGCCUGAGCGCUCUCAAGAACUUAAAAAUCUUGUCGUUGGGCAGGAACUACAUAAAAUCGUUCUCCGGACUGGAAGGAGUGGCCGAUACCCUGGAGGAACUGUGGAUCUCUUACAAUUUGAUCGAGAAGGUUAAAGGAGUGCAGGUUUUGAAGAAACUGAAGGUUUUGUAUAUCGGUAACAAUCUUAUCAAGGAGUGGGGCGAGUUCAUGAAAUUCCAAGAGCUGCCUUCGUUGGAGGACAUUUUAUUUGUGGGGAAUCCGCUUAGCGACAAUUUGGAGGAGUCGGUGUAUAAAGCCGAGGCGAUAAAGCGGUUGCCGCACUUGAAAAAGCUGGACGGGGAGCCCGUCGUAAGGGAAGAAGCGGAGUGAUUCGGAAAUUGUAGUAAAGUUGAACGUUUUUCAUUUAGUAAAUGGGCAAUCGUUUUAAGAAAUUUCUCUGCUCUUUUCGGGUUUAUAUAUCCAUAGCGGGUGGAUUUUUUUUUGUAAUUAUUUGAAAUAUUUCAAAUUUACCAAACAAAUCCCACUUUAAUUGUAUCCUACAGCAGCGGAAGACGGUAAUAAAUGUAUCCAUUACUUGAUUUUUUGUUUUUAAGUGACGACUCGUGAAAAUUAAAGUUGUCGCAAUUUGAUAACGAAGUGCGGGAGUUAUACCGUUUUUUAGGGGAUGAUUCCUAUACUCACGUAGAGUAAAAAUUAUUAUCUGAAUAGGUACAAAAAUUAAUAAAAAUGUCGGGAAUGGGAAAAUUUCUGAAAUAAAAAAAAAUUCUUCAAUUAUUACAUUCUCCAUUAAGAGGGCGUUGUAGGAAAUAGGCAACCAGUAAAACAUUUUUAUAAUUUUUUUUACACAGUUUGUCUAAAUAUGA